AUAAAAAAGCGUUAACAAUAAAUAACUCCAUUACCUCUGAGGACAUGAGUAUCCUGGGGGACACCCUAAACAACGAUAACAACAGCAACAAAACCGAAUUGACACUGGAAAAUAUAAGUUACCUCAUAUCUUCACAGUUAAAAGAGAAUAAUAAAGCAAUAAUAAAAGACUUACACAGCACUAUUAUAACAGAAGUAAACCAAGCCAUCCUGAAACUGAAAGAAGAAAUGAAAGAAGAUACAAGAUUACUUUGCAAACAAAAUGAUGAGAGAAAAAAAGAAAUAGAGGAAAUCCAAAUCUACAUAGAGAAACUUAGAAAAGAAAAUGAAAAAUUAAUAAAAGAAAUAAAGGAAAUUGAAAAUAAGGUUAGAGCUCCAGAAAUAAAAGAAAAAGAAUCGCAGGAAACAAAUAAUAAAAAAAUUGUACUCUACGGUCUCCAUGAAUGCAAAGAAUCUGAAUACGACUUGCACAGAAGAGUAGCUGAUGCCUUUCGAGAAAUCCUCAACAUAGAUCUCCUUGGAUAUAUCGAAGAAACUCACAGAAUGGGUAGAUUCAACAACAACAGAUACCGCCCUUUAAUGGUUGAGCUUAUUAGCAAAAAGAUGACUAAAUAUAUCUUAAAUAAUAGCCAUUGUUUCCGAGGAACUGGCCUCUCAAUUUCUCAGUUUAUGGAAGGAAAAGCAUUAAAAGAAAUGAAAUUACUACGAGAAGAAAUGUUUAAGGCACGUACAAGAGGAAAAUAUGCUGUCAUAAGAAACAAUAAGUUAUAUAUUGAAGGACAGAAAAUAGAGCUGCACGAGGAAAAGAGAAAUCAAGAACCUAACACGAGUGCACCGACAAUUCCCAUCAAAAGUAGUUCCUUUCGUAGAAAAACAGCAAUUUAA